ACUGAAGAACAUCCAAUGGGAGCUGAUGGGAUGUACGAUAAGUUACGGAUGUUGAACGUCCAGACAGGGAGCUGGGGAGGGAGGCCAAGUUGGUACCAGGGAAGCUCAGUACCAGGGCAAGGGAGCACAGCAGAAGGCUGCCAGCAGCUGGAGGUCAGAGGUGAAAACGGCAGUGGGGUUCAUGUGAACGGAGACGAUUCCGAUGAAUCCCAGAUCCGCCUGCAACUUAAGAGGAAGCUCCAACGGAACCGCACGUCGUUCACACAGGAUCAGAUUGAGGCUUUGGAAAAAGAAUUUGAACGCACACAUUAUCCAGAUGUCUUUGCCAGAGAAAGAUUAGCAGCAAAAAUCGAUCUUCCUGAAGCCAGAAUACAGGUAUGGUUUUCAAAUCGACGUGCCAAGUGGAGGAGAGAAGAGAAACUCCGCAAUCAGAGGAGGCAGGCGUGCAGUGGUCCGAGUCACGUCCCCAUCAACAGCAGCUUCUCGCCUACUCUGUAUCAAUCAAUCCCACAGCCUGCUACGUCAGGUCAGUAUCCCACAACUGGACCAAUCCUGGGCAGAAACGAGACCUCGCUUGCAAACAGUUACAGUGCGCUUCCACCCAUGCCAGCUUUUGCCAUGGCAAAUAACCUCCCUUUGCAGCAACCUGUCCAACCAGUUCCGGGUCAAACCUCCUCGUACUCUUGCAUGAUUCCAGCCAGCCCAGCUGUCAGCGUGCGGAGCUAUGACACAUACACUCCUCAACACAUGCAGCCUCACAUGAGUUCACAGCCGCUGGCUUCAACAGGGGCUUCCUCUACAGGACUUAUUUCCCCUGGAGUGUCGGUUCCAGUUCAGGUUCCUGGAGGUGAUCAGGACAUGGCCCAGUACUGGCCUAGGCUGCAGUAA